AUGGACGUCCUGCUGAGCCGUGUGACUCAACAAGCAGUCCAAUACGCCAUUCGAUCCGGAAUCUCCAUCACCACUGGCUAUGCCAUCUCCUCAGCCGCGCGUCUCCUCAGGGAGGCGCCCAAGAGCAAAGACCGAGAGGAGCUGAUGCAGCUGCAGCUGCGACUCGAGUCUAAAAUCCGUGUCAUCUCACCGUCAAUCGACAUGAUUGAGCUGAUCAGUGCGAGGGGCAAUACCUCGCUGGAAUCGGCUGUCGCACUGACCAAGGACAUUCGUUAUGAGAUUCAAAAGCUCGGCGUGCGCCUUUCCAAAGCUGCGGAGGAUGAGGCGAUGCUGCGCCGAAAGAGCUCCAAAGCGAAAACGCGCGAACAGACUGAUGUCGAGCUACGCGGCAUCAUCAAUCAAGUUAAGCUACUACUCGCCCGCAUCGAAGAUGCGGUGCCUCUCAUCAACCUUGCAAUCACCACCUCUGGCGUCAAUUUGUCUACAAAGCUGUCGGGCUCCAUCAGUCCAAGUCGUUUGCUGCAAGCCUCUACAUUCCUGACAUCUUCAGACGGCACUUAUUCCAAUACUUCUGCUCUUCGCCAACAGGUCGGUCCCRCAUACACACUGACCUUGUAUAUGCUGUUCGCCGGCCAUGCUGGCCGACCUGCCGAUGAAGAUGGUGUUCGAGAGACGACGUGGAAGGAAGUCAUCCACAAAGCCCGUGUCAAGUUGUGGCGCCUUCCUGUUGAUCAGCUCUACGCGCUCCCAGGUGAGACUUUGGACGUUGAUGAAAGCGCAGACAACAUCAUCCCGGCCGACGCACGCGCGGCCGAGUUCGCCUACCAGCUUACGAUUGUGGAAGAUUUGGACGACGAUAGAGUGCAUACCUUCGAAGAAGAGGAUCCACGACCGCCUCCUCUUGAUGAUGUGGAAAAUGCCGGCAUUCGUGACGUUAUCCCGAUCCAUGAGGUCUCGAAGAUCUUCUACGCAGACACUGGCAAGAUUCUCAACAUCGGCAGCGAUGGCGAUGCAUACAGUCCUGUGUUGCUGCUGAAGCGUGAUGUUCAUGCCGAACCUCCUCGACGUAUGGUUCGUCGCUCAAACUCCCAAGCCUUCGUUUCCGACAAAGAGAUAGUAAACGGGCCCGAGGAUUCACCGGAUGAGCAGAGCGAGAUUGAUGCCCAGAUCGAGCGGGAGUCGACGCCAAACACGCCAUCCCAGCCAGCUCCGGACCUACCUCUCACUGCCGGGGCUGCUUUUCGGCUACCGGCUGACCUUGAUCCUGAAUGGUAUGCCUUUGAGGUCUACACCGAAACGGCAGAUUCGGACAGCGAUGACGAAGCAGAGACAACCCGACCAUCACACAGCCGCACCGACUCAUUAGCCAGCAGGCUGGGCAAUCUGACUAUGAGAGGAUCACCUGCUGCUGACGAACACAACGGGCUCGUCCAGUCACAGUCAUCUGCACCGAACUUCUCUCCAGAGAAACGUACUGGGCCGCCGAUCAAGACAAGUUUAUCACUGCUUGAGAUGCUCAUGAAGCUCGCCGCUCUGCAACAGUUUCGACAGGAAUCUCAUCUUUCCAUCGAAGAUGAGCUCCUGAACUUCUUUCUCGAAGACAGCGCCACUGCCGGCGCUGGCGCGGACAAAGACUACCGCCAGCGUCUUCGUCACCAAGCCACCAAGCGCGUUGGCUUUGACCCUUACGACGAAUCGCCCAUCAAACACCGCAACGAGGACUACAUCAGUGGCCUGAAUGACGGGGCUUCGCAACGUGGCUCACCAAUUCCAGAUGGCUGGCAACGUUCGAGCGAAAUCAGUUUCGGCGAGGAAGCAUUUGGCUAUAAUGAUCCGCUCGACUUUGUCCAGAACYCCAUUGAGAGGGGCAAUACACCUUCUUCGCCACCUCCACGUCCUAUGCCCUACCAACAAACCACGCCCCGCGCCUCGACGCCGGAUGCUGUGAAUAGUGAAUCACAUCGCAGUGCUGUGAACGCCAAGUACCGUACAUCCCCGCAGUCGCGUACCCUGGCGACGCCACCGAGCAGCUCCAAGAUGAGAUCAGGUGUGCUGCGGGCGCAGAGCGAGCAGAAGCCUCGCAGUCCGCUGCACGAGAGUGUGGUUCACAAUGAAGAGGAUUGA